AUGGCCCCGCGCACUGUCCCCAUCCUGACCCCGACCAUCCAGAUGUCUGGCCCGCCAGAGCCUGACCCCAUGGACAUCACAACUCCCACCCGCUCGUCUGCUCCUCCGUCCGCCACCACCAAGAGCCCCGGCCGAGACACCAACGGCGCAUCCGAUUCCAUGAGAAACAAUACCAAUACAGCCCUCGUGCCUGCCAAUGCCAUGACGAUGGCCGCGCCGCCGCCUGCGGCCCCCGCGGUCCAGGGGCCCAAGAUCGUGCAGACUGCCUUUAUACACAAGCUCUACAAUAUGCUGGAGGACGCCGCCAUAGCACACCUCAUCUCGUGGUCUCCAUCCGAGGAGAGUUUCAUCAUGUCGCCCAGCAACGAGUUCUCCAAGGUGCUUGCGUAUCUCAACAUGUAUGGCUUUCACAAGGUGAGCGACGUGUUCCACAAUGGAAGCCCAGAGCACCCGUUAUGGGAAUUCAAACAUGGGCAGAACAACUUCAAGAGGGGCGACCUGGUCGGUCUGCGAGAGAUCAAGCGCCGCGCCUCGCGUCACAACCUCACGCACCACCCGCAGAAGCCGCCACCACCGUCGUCACAGCCUGGCACUCCUGCCGAGCCCAUGCCACCCGUGCCGGAUGGUGCUGACCCGAGGCUCGUCAACCUGGAGCGAGUCGUGCACGAGCUCAGCUAUAGGCUGGAUCGGUCCGAGUCCAGCGCGCAGUUUGUGAACAUCAAGCACCAAGCGCUUCUUGACUCGGUCACUCGGCUCUUGCAUAUCAACCAAGAGCUCGUAAGGGUCGUGAUGUCGAACUCGGGCCCCGACAGCCCGCAGUAUAAGGAUGCAUAUGCGCUGAACAGCGAGGUCUCGCGCCAGCUUGAGGUUAUUCGUGGUCUGGAGGAACCCCAUGAGGCGGCAUAUUUCGACCGGCGAAACUAUUUCGGCGGCGUGGACAAUGCUCCUGUUUCGCCACGGCAGUUUCCUCAGGACGACCAGCGGAGAUCUAGCCUGGCCCCUCCACAGCCUCGUGCGCCUUACGACUACAGGCCUCAAGUUCCGUCCAACCUCUCCAUCACCACAAAACGACCAUAUGGCUCGAUUGGAGGCAGCAGCGGCGGAAACCAGGGGACCAACUCUACCGCGCAGUCCUCGCCGUCCACAUUGCGGCCCAACCCCCCACCGCCUCCAGGGCCUCCGCUGUCAGCCAUCGAGCCGCCCCCGAGCAGUCUGUUGCGCCGGCACACCUCAGCCGAUAUACGUGUACACGAAACCUGGCGGCCGCAGCCACCUGCUCCCUACGCCUCAGGUCCUCCGUCGAGCCACCUCCCCUCGUCGCCCAGUCACCUCGGCCCCAAUGAUGACCGUCUCCGCGAAUCGCUGUCGCAUUAUGCCUUCCCGUCACAGCCUUCCCACCCUCACUCCAGACCAGCUAGUCCUCCGCCUCCCCAGGCGCCUGGGUAUUCCAACGGUGAGACCUUCAAGCAGCUGGACAGCUUCCAGUGGGACCGGGCCAUCCAGCGGAGAAGCAUUUUUCAGCAUGACAGCUCAGCACCCCCAACGCGCCGGGGCAGCAUGGCACACAUUCUGAACAAUGAUGAUGAUAGCGAUCCUCGAGGUGAUGAUGACCGCAAACGAAAGCGCCUGGCAUAA